AUGGAUGAGCGGAUCGUGAUCAAUGUCGGUGGCCAUAGACACGAAACAUACGCCGCUACACUCAAGAAAAUUCCCGCCACCCGGUUAUCAAGAUUAACACCGUCGCUGGCCAACUUUGAUCCGUUGCUCAAUGAGUAUUUUUUUGACCGGCACCCCGGCGUUUUUGGGCAGGUAUUGAAUUAUUAUCGAACGGGAAAGUUGCAUUAUCCCACCGAUGUUUGUGGGCCGCUUUUUGAAGAAGAAUUGCAAUAUUGGGGCCUUGAUGCUUCGGAUACGGAACCGUGCUGUUGGAUGCAAUUGUUGCAUGCAAAAGAUACGCAAGAAACAUUAGCCGUCCUUGACCGAAUGGACGUGGAUAAUCGUGAAGACGAUCCGCAAGUUCGUGAAAUGGAUGUAAUGAAAAAAUUUGGGUGGGAAGAGGAUUUUUAUCAGGGCAAAAAGACAAAAUGGAUGAAGAUAAAACCACGGAUGUGGGCCCUAUUUGACGAACCAUAUUCAUCUAAAUGGGCCAAGAUAAUCGCUGGCGUCUCGGUAGCCUUCAUUGUUGUUAGCAUUGUGUCAUUUUGCCUAAAAACGCAUCAAUCCUUUCGAAUACCAGUGAUAUGGCACAAAUCGCUGAAUAAUUCGCAAAUUCACUUUGGGGUCGUGCGGAAUGCCACGGAGCCACACGCGGCCUUUGCAAAUAUCGAGUAUGUAUGUAAUAUUUGGUUCACGUUCGAGUUGAUCAUUCGGUUUAUUUUUUGCCCUUCAUAUCUUGGGUUUUUGAAGUCACCAAUUAAUGGUAUUGAUGUGGUGGCAACAUUAUCGUUCUAUAUUGAUGCCAUUCUUUUCCGUAUCAUGGAUAAUGCUCCAAAAGAUGUCGUCGAAUUCUUGAGCAUGAUCCGCAUAUUCCGACUCUUCAAAUUAACUCAACACCACCGAGGCCUCCAAAUUCUCAUCCAUACAUUCCGGGCAUCGGCUAAGGAGCUAAUCCUCCUGGUUUUCUUUCUCAUCCUCGGCAUUGUCAUUUUCGCGGCUCUCGUCUACUACGCAGAGAAGACGGAGGCAAAUCCGGAUAAUCAGUUUUUAUCGAUUCCCCUCGGGCUGUGGUGGGCAAUAUGUACGAUGACUACGGUUGGAUAUGGUGACAUGACGCCUCAUACAGCCUUUGGGCGGCUUAUUGGAUCUCUAUGUGCCGUGAUGGGUGUGUUGACAAUUGCAUUGCCUGUGCCGGUUAUCGUGUCAAAUUUUGCAAUGUUUUAUUCGCAUACGCAAGCGCGGGAGAAAUUGCCAAAGAAGAGAAGACGGGUAUUACCAGCAGAACAGAUUCGAUUACAAGUUCGAAGACACGCCCAAGUAUUGGAUAUGCAACCAAUUUGCAACCCACGCAAUCGGAGAAAUGCCUUAUUAGCUGAAGAUACCGAAAAAGAAGAAGAAGAAAAACUUAUCCAAAGCCCACCUAAGAUUGAGGAAACUCAGCUCAAUGGCGGUACCCCAAAACCAGUCCAUCGAUCAAGACCAAACUCCUCCCGUGCAAUCAAUGUCUCGGAAAUUACAACUAGUAUAGAAACAACAACU